AUGGAUAUAAAUUGUAAUCGAAAUAAAAUAUCAUUUUGGCGUUUUCUUAUCUCUGAACCAUUUUAUAUAAUUAUUCGUACAAUUUCAUAUAAUUUUAAUUAUAUAUUUAAAUCAACUAAAUUUCUAAUUGUAAUAUACUUACGAAACAUUUGGACAAAAGUCCGUCGUAGUGAAACAAUCUGUUAUCUAAUUGGUUUUGGUAUUGGUGUUGGUUGUUGUAUUAUUUAUCGGUUUCUUACAAAAUUUUUUAAUUCUACAACGAAUACGAAACUAUCUAUUAAAUCACAAAGUGAUAUAAAAAAAUCAAUAUCAACAAAUAAUUCUUAUAUAAAUGAAAAAAAUUUAAUAAAUUUAAAACAUGAACAUAAUGAUGAUGAUGAUGAUGAUGAUAUUCAUCAUAAAACAAUUAUUGAUGAAAUGACAUGGUCAGAAAUGUCUUCAUCAUUAAGCACAACUAAUCUUUUUCAAGAUUCUUAUCAUUCCAAUUCAUUUACAGGUGAUUCAGGUGUUGAUUGUCCUGAAAUACCUAUUCGAAAUCAUCAAAAAUAUAAGGAUGAUGAUGAUAAUGAAAUAUCCUUAAGAAAAUAUGAUUCAGAUCUAGGACUUCAUCAUGAUACACAAAUAGUCACUGAAUCUCAUGUUAUGUCUUAUAUAUCAACAGAAAAAGGUUUAGAACGUGCAUUAGAACAAACAAGUCGAUUUUAUACAGAUCUUGAACAUAUUGCAACUGAUCUUGGUACAUUAACAAAACGAUAUUCACAAUCUUAUCAAUCAAUCGAUGCACUUGAUUGGGAUUGGAAUGAUGAUAGUCAAUCACCAAAACGUCAUCAACGAAAACAUUAUCAACAAUUAAUACGUUCAAAUAAUAAAAAUAGAAUUCGACGACGUUUAAAUAUAAAUAUAAAUCAAACAGAUUAUAAUGAAUCAGACAAUGAAAAUCAUUCAUUUGAUUAUUCAACUUCACCAUUAAGACGAAAACAUAGUUCAGUUUAUUUUGAUUCAACGGAUAAUACAAGUGACGAAGAUCAUGUAGGAGAUGAAACUUUAUAA